AUGAAGGCAAUUUUGUUAUUGGUACUAUUAGGAAUUGCUGAAGGUAUGCCAAAUCCUCAGGCGACUUCCAAAAUCAUCAACUACGAAUACAACACUAUGUACCUUGGAGGAGGUUAUACAUAUACUUUUGAGUCUGAGGAUGGUAUCGAAAAGGAAGAAACUGCAGAGAUCGUAAAUGAGGGACGUGAUGAUCAAUUUAUUAAAGUCAUUGGUUCAUACUCUUACAUAGGUGAUGAUGGUAAAACAUACUUGGUUACAUAUACUGCUGAUGAGAACGGCUUCCAUCCAUAUUUUCCCAAACCAUCGGGACUAGGUAAAAGUAAUAUACCACAUCCUGAUAGUGCACCUGUUGAAUUAUUAUUUUCACUAAUCGGUGGCGGCAUCAGAAGAUAA